UUUGAAUCUCAUAAAAGCCUAAAAACAUGGAAAAUUACAAAAUUUCCGUGCUUUGUGGCGAAGGUUCGUUCGGAAAAGUGUACAAAGCUACCGAUCGAAAGACAAAAGAAACUGUUGCUCUCAAGAUUUUAUCAAAACGAACUCGCAAUCCAAAAGAUCUCAAACAACUACGACGCGAAUGUGACAUCCAAAAAGACUUGAAGCACCCGAACAUCAUUCGCAUGUUAAAAUCCUUCGAAACUGAGAACGAAAUUGUUUACGUGACGGAAUUCGCGCAACUUGAUCUUCAUUCGUUGCUUGCUCAGGAGGGAAGUUUAGGAGAACCACGAGCUCAAAAACUCACUUUUGACUUGGUUUCAGCUCUUUAUUACUUGCAUUCGCAUCGAAUCCUUCAUCGAGACCUGAAACCGCAAAAUAUUCUUCUUGACGGGCAAGGAAAUGCAAAAUUGUGCGAUUUUGGGCUUGCGAGGAACAUGACAAUGAGUACUCAUGUCUUGACCUCGAUCAAAGGCACGCCGCUUUAUAUGUCGCCCGAGUUGUUGGAUGGCAAGCCUUAUGAUCAUUUGGCGGAUUUGUGGAGUCUUGGAUGUAUUAUUUACGAAGCGCUGGCGGGAGAACCUCCUUUUUAUACGACAAGUAUUUUGCAUCUUGUGCGAUUGAUUCGACAUGGAAGAAUUAAGUGGCCCAGUUUUUUGACGCCGGAGUGUUAUUCGUUUUUGGAUAGCCUCUUAGUCAUCGAUCCAACGCAACGCAUCCAAUGGCCCGAAAUUCUAACUCACCCAUUCGUGCACAAAAACAUCCUCAUUCUCGAAGACGACACCCCCGAAUCUCCUUUCACGCAAGCCAUGACCGACGAUCAACGUUUCGAGAAGGAAUGUCAAGCAGCGCAACUCAUGUGUGCCGACACACAUCUCCGCCAUCAACUCGAAGUCUCCGAUAUGAUCAACAUGGGCAACAACGUCACCCUUCCCGACAAGAAACCCGAAAAGGAUGACGACGUCAUGUCAUCCCACGAUAGCAUUCACGCCAUUUUACAAAGCGACCUCGAGAAUAUCGAGACAGAUAUGGAAGAUGGCGCCGUUGGAGGUGCAAUAAAAAAGCCUUUUACCAACAAAAAUCCAUGUUUCGUGACAGGAAACUCGAAUUUGAUCGUGAAUCACUUAACGGACAAUUUUCCGCAAUUAUCGCUGAAAACUCUGAACGACUCUGUGAAUAAAAACAUGAAAAACGCAAGUCCCGGAACGCAAGUUAACAAGAGUAAUCAUCUCGAAAGACGGAAAUUAAACCAAAAUUUGGAUAAUUUUUCGGUGAAAUUAGAAUCUGACAAUAAAACAAAGGAUAAAGUUGACGAAGAACGACUUCAGAGAACGAAUAAUCAAGAAAAAUUGGAACAAAGUACGGAUAGUCAACAGAAAAUCAACGACGAGAUCGAAGGAACGAACAAAGUCACUCCAACUCUCUUACCUGGAUGGGAUUCAUGUGAAGAUUCGCAAAAUCCGCCAAUAGAAAAUGACGAAUGGAUCGAUUUUAUCAAUAAAUCCAUGCAAGAAAUCCUCGACGGGGACUUGGAUGCCUUGAAACAGCAAAAUUUCGUUAGUAUUAUAGUCGCCCCGUUACGAAAUUCGAAGGCAAGUCCCAAAGUAAUUGAAUCUGUGGCUCAAUUAUUUACUCUUCCGUUAGUUUUGAAUGGGCCAUCGUCUUUAAUUUUAGAUAUUAAGACUAUUUAUAUCGAAGUGAAGCUCCUACCGAAUUUAAUUUAUGCCUCAAAGUUACUUUCAAAUACGCCUCCGACGACGCAGAGCCUUUCGCCAUCACAUAAUCACUCCACAGCUUCCGUUUUUCGUGAUUUUACGACGUUAUCCGAUGAACUUCGUACCAUCGCUUGCAUUUACGAUUUGGUUUGUCAUUUGGUGCAUUGCGGUCCAAAUUUUCUCGAUCAAUUUUGUGAUGCGAUCGCUAUUCUCGGCGUGGAUCAACUUUUAGUGAAAAUUCUCACGACAAAUGUCUCCAACACAAAAGGCCCCAAGGAAAUUGAUCGCCUAAAACGCUCCAUUCUCGGCACUCUUGGCUGCGUUCUUCGCGAAAGCCCCGAAAACUCCGAACUUGUCGAGCGAAUAAUCUUCGACAGCAGAAUUGACAUCACAGCUUUACUCACAGACCCGAACGCCUUCGUCAGAUAUCGAACUUUGAUGCUUUUGCGCCUUUUGGGACGCUUCAGUGCCGUAACUUUGGAGAAAAAUUGGUCCGCGCGCACAAAAAAUGUCAUCGAAGACUUGUUAAAUGACGAACAGGAAAACAUUCAAAACGAAGCCAUUUCCAUUCUCGAUGAAUUUCGGCAUCUAGCAUUUUUUCAACAGUCAUCGUCGUGAUAUUGCUUGUUUUGUGAGAAAAAAUUACAAAUUUUCGAAUAAAAAUUUACCGGUAUA